AUGCUCAGGAAGUCGGUGUCUAAGGUGGUGCCCUCUCGGGCUCUGCUUCAUCCUCAGCGCGCUUUUUCCACUUCACUUCCCGUCAGGAGAGUCGUUGCGUCUAAUCCAGUCAAGGCAGAGGAGGUCAAGUCUUGGUCUUCAGGCAAAUACCCUCUUAUCGAGCAUGAGUACGAUGCUAUUGUCGUUGGUGCUGGUGGUGCCGGUCUUCGCGCUGCCUUCGGUCUUGCGGAAGCUGGUUUCAACACGGCUUGUAUCACUAAGUUAUUCCCAACCCGGAGUCACACUGUUGCGGCACAGGGCGGUAUCAAUGCUGCUCUUGGCAACAUGACGGAAGACGACUGGCGAUGGCACAUGUACGACACGGUUAAAGGAUCCGACUGGCUUGGUGACCAGGAUGCAAUUCAUUAUAUGUGUCGAGAGGCUCCCAGAUCCGUCUACGAGCUUGAACAUUAUGGUGUUCCAUUCUCCCGUACCAAGGAUGGAAAAAUUUACCAACGUGCCUUUGGGGGUCAGUCUUUGAAGUAUGGCAAAGGUGGCCAAGCAUAUCGUUGUGCUGCGGCUGCUGAUCGUACCGGUCACGCUCUCCUCCACACCCUUUACGGCCAGUCGUUGCGACACAACACGAAUUUCUUCAUCGAAUACUUUGCUCUGGACUUGAUCAUGCAGGAUGGCGAGUGUGUUGGAGUUAUUGCGCUCAAUAUGGAGGACGGUACGCUCCACCGCUUCAGGGCACAUAAGACAGUCCUCGCAACUGGCGGUUACGGUCGUGCCUAUUUCAGCUGCACGAGUGCGCACACUUGUUCUGGCGAUGGUAAUGCAAUGAUUGCUCGUGCUGGCCUUCCUCUGCAGGAUCUGGAGUUCGUUCAGUUCCACCCAACCGGCAUCUAUGGCGCCGGCUGCCUUAUCACUGAGGGUUCUCGCGGUGAGGGAGGCUACCUCCUGAACUCAGAGGGCGAGCGUUUCAUGGAGCGUUAUGCACCCACGGCCAAGGACCUUGCUUCCCGUGAUGUCGUAUCUCGUUCGAUGACGAUUGAGAUCCGUGAAGGUCGUGGUGUUGGACCUGAGAAGGACCACCUAUACCUUCAGCUCAGUCAUUUGCCUCCUGAAGUCCUCCACGAGAGGCUGCCCGGUAUCUCCGAGACUGCUGCUAUUUUCUCUGGAGUCGAUGUCACUAAGGAGCCUAUCCCAGUACUACCUACUGUCCAUUACAACAUGGGUGGUAUUCCCACCAGGUACACUGGCGAGGUGCUGACUGUUGACGAGAAUGGCAAGGACAAGGUCGUACCCGGUCUGUAUGCAGCUGGUGAAGCUGCGUGCGUGUCUGUUCACGGCGCGAACCGUCUUGGUGCAAACUCCCUUUUGGAUCUCGUUGUCUUCGGUCGCGCGUGUGCUCAUCAUAUCGCGAAGACCUUGACUCCCGGAAAGGCUCACAAGACUAUUCCUGAGGAGUCCGGCCUUAAAAGCGUGGAAUUCUUGGACCAGAUCAGAAACGCCGAUGGCCCCAAGCCUACUGCCGAAAUAAGGCUAGAGAUGCAAAAAGCCAUGCAAACCGAUGCCGCUGUCUUCCGCACACAACAGACUCUCGACGAAGGUGUUCAGAAGAUACAUCAGAUAUACAAAUCGUUUGAUAAUGUUGGCAUCAAGGAUAGGAGCAUGAUCUGGAACUCUGAUCUCGUUGAGACUCUCGAACUACGCAACCUCCUACAGUGUGCAGUUCAAACCAUCACGGCCGCUGCUGCUCGCAAGGAGUCCCGAGGUGCUCAUGCUCGCGAGGACUACCCUGAGCGUGACGACGACCACUGGAUGAAGCACACCCUCACAAUGCAGCCUGAUGUCAACUUACCCGACGUCACUCUCAAGUACCGCAGUGUCAUUGGCGAGACUCUCGAUGAAAAUGAAUGCAAGGCAGUCCCGCCAUUCAAGCGGACAUACUGA